AAUCCCCACAGCAGUUUAUUGUUGUGUUUUGGUCCGUCUCUGCUCUCUAACGUCACUCUUUUUUAAGUUCAUCGCUCAACGGCCGUUCGUUUCAUCUUUUGAUUUAUCAAGACACCGAUUACGCGUAUUGAACCAUGGCUCGUACUAAGCAGACCGCUCGUAAAUCUACCGGAGGAAAGGCUCCCCGUAAACAGUUGGCCACCAAAGCCGCCCGGAAAAGCGCACCCUCCACUGGUGGUGUGAAGAAACCUCAUCGUUAUCGUCCUGGUACCGUGGCUCUCCGUGAGAUCCGUCGUUACCAAAAGUCCACUGAGUUGUUGAUCCGCAAGUUACCAUUCCAACGUUUGGUCAGAGAAAUUGCACAGGAUUUCAAGACCGACUUGCGUUUCCAAAGUGCAGCUAUCGGAGCUUUGCAGGAGGCCAGUGAAGCAUACUUGGUUGGUUUGUUUGAAGACACCAAUUUAUGCGCUAUCCAUGCCAAACGUGUCACCAUUAUGCCUAAAGAUAUUCAAUUGGCUAGACGUAUCCGUGGUGAAAGAGCCUAAUUCAUCCAUCACAUUCCUCUCAACUGUAUUUUUUUUCGUUUGACAAUUUUCCUGGGUUAUCUUUUUACAUAUACAUUUUUUUUUUCAAAAAAAAAAAA